AUGGAGCAAACAAAGCCAAAAGUCAACACGCCCGUCGUUGCCACAUCACAGGGUGCAAGCGACUCUCCUUGCCACGCUGCAACCAAUGACCCUGUCAGAAAGAGCAACGCAAGCGGUUAUGAGGACAUGAGGCAGUCCGCGCCUGCUGAUCAAGAAGCCGAGAGACAGCAUGAGGCUGUUGAAGCGUUGAACAAUACAAGCUCACCACCCCGGUGGAUCGUCAGUGGUCCUUCUCCACCACCCGCGGAUGCUGAGCCAGCUCUCGAAAAUGAGUAUGGCGGCGAAUCAUCUGGCUCCACGCAGCUUAAGCCAAGAGCGUUUUCGAGCGACUCAGAUGUCAGCUUUCUGAUGCUGGCACCACAUCCAGCUAACAACAUGCCGACCGCCGCCUUUCCACAACCUCCCACUCGGUCAAAUCUCCUGGCCCCACCGCCACCCGGAAACGUUCACGCGUCUGCUGCAAGCACAAGCACAGAUGUGGACGGGCCUUCUGGAACGAACAUACCUUACGGCCUGCGACCUACCGAGCACGAUACGCCCCACGUACCACAUCCGCUCGAUGGCCCACGACACGAAUCGCGAUGCGGCAUCGUUGACAACAGCGACUUUGCCGAACGUUGUUCAAAGUACGGGCAGUGGCUUAUUGAUCGUCCGGCCGAUCCGCACACCGCCGCCAAGAUUGGACACGGAGCUGGCGUGGCGUUCACAUUCUUCGAAGCUGAGUUCCUAGACUUUCCGGGCGUGAAAGCCAUCAAGAUUGUCCAUCCUCUUUGUGAGGUACAGCUGAGGAGUAUUGAUUGGGACACUUUACGAGCGGUUGCGUUCCAUCUACGCCAGUACGUUGGCAAGCGAGCAGUGUCAACCUCGAAAAGGAAUGCAGCCGUACAGAAAGCCGAGAGUUCAAGUGUAGCGAUGGUGGAGCGGGAGAUUGAAGCUAGAAGGUGGGAGAAGAAGAGAGCAGCGGAUCACUCCAGCUCUGAAAGUCUCAGUACAAUGAGUGGGACGCCUCGAGACGAGCGCCCACCUCAGGACCAACAUACGCCCGCUCCACUGCAGCGCAAAGACUCACCGAUCAUGCAUGCGUCCUCUAUGCCUCGUGGAAUCGCAACUCCCCCUAGCAGAAUGAAUAGACCCGAGUUCAACACUCGGCGCUGUCAACGUCUGACCAGGAUUCUGGCUGAACCCGAGGCGGAUGACGUCGCAAACACUCAGUCCCAGGACGAGCAUAGCGAGAGCAGUCCUGUCUAA